GCAAGACAUAGUAGGACAGAGUGUGUUGGAGGGCAGCAUACUGUAGCGUACUGCUGUGUUGUGACUAUGGAGUGAGCAUGGGAGCAGCAGGACCAAAACAAGAGGAGAAGGGGAUACAAUGAGGACACAGCUUGGUUUUGUGCCUGAUCAAUAAAAGGCAGAUUAGUUCAGAAUCUGAGCUUUUGUAAAGAGGGCUCAUCAAGCUCCAUUGCAUUGCAGAACUGACUACCAACAAGGGAUUUACAAUAUGAAGACAAAGUCACUUUGAACCUUGAGGACCUAGGAGGGCAUAAAACAGAAAGCAGAAAACUAGCUCCUGACAUUUGGACUGGAGAGAACAAGACAUCUUGCAGCAGGAUCAAACACUCAGACAGAUGUAAUGGUGUGGAAACGCUGCCGCUAUCUUGAAUUACCAGACUUUUGAGUCAGUCAGACAAGAGAUGGGGAGACGAGCGGCUGACCUGACGACUCCGGUUCCAGUUUUAGGUGUUCCCGCUCUGGUGGGAGUGCGUGGUUUGAAGACAACAGGAGGAGACAGAACCGGAGGAGCCCUGCUGCAGACGUGGGGAUUUCAUUGCAGCGUUGGUGUUCAGACGUCCCCGGGGAUAAGCAGACCACCUACCCAACACAGUGUACAGCUAACUGAUACACCCUCCACGCCAUCAGAUUGUAUUACUGAAACAUCCAACAGCUAUAUCACCAAGGAAACGGAAUAUAAGGACAUAUUACUGCUAACAAAGAGUGACAAGGAGAAAAGGGCUAUUUUAAAACAGAAAAGUGGGGAAUCCAAGACCAAAAAGGAAGUGACUUUCAAAGCACUUGGAGGUGAGGCCUCUAAGGAUGUUGCCUGCAGUCAGAGGAACAGUAGUGGUACUUAUUGCUAUGCAAGAGCAAUCAAGACCAACCCACACUUUGCAGGGAAUGUAAGCAAUUUCACCCCUAAACUGAAAUCUGCUGCCCGCUACACCAACGGCAGCGUGGUAGAUUCGGAAGCGAUCGGUGGAAUUACCGUUGAUAAUGAUGAAGCAGAGUCCGUAAAGGGUGCAACCUCUCGUGGAAGAGACCAAACCAGACUGCAAGGUCAUUAUGCAGAGAAGUCAGGGAAGGCACUGCCUUUAUCUGCUGCCCGACCUUUUGGUAUGCCACAAAAAAUAUGCAGCCAUUGUGGUGGGAGACAGUCUGUAACCACUGGGGCUGCCACUGCGGGGGAGAAAAGCCCUACUGCUGAUGCUUUCCCAUUAAAGUCAGCCCUCACCACACUUUCAACUACCACGCAUUUCCAGAUGCCCCAAAUUGAGAGGAACAGAGCUCUCAAGCCAACACAGCAUCAAAUCCCUGACAGCAUCACAAACACAGACAACAGAAUACACAUCACACUCAAUCCGCAAAUAUUAUAUCUUAAUGAAGAACUAAGGUAUAGAAAAACACCACACCGAGCAUGCCCAGUGCACUCUAAAAGCAAUCUGGUCACUUUGUCACAUAACCAUGCUGCCAGGGAUGCAACAUCCACCCAACCCACAAACAUCCUACAUGCUAAAAGCCUCACUGUCACAAAAGCAACUAUUGAAACAAGACAAGACGAUGCCAGUUUGAAAUCCUUUGCGAAACUAACACAGGACAGUGGGAUCCCCCGCCCAACAAGUCUCACGUUGACUCCAAAGAUGGCCACAGCUACCAAGCCAAACAACCCACAUUCACACACUUAUCCUAAGCUGCUCAAGACGUCACAACACAGCUGUACGCAAUAUAACGUGCCUCAAAAUGUAUGUGUGUCUGUACACGCUACACCUGAAAAGACUCAUUCGAACACUACAGCCGCAGGACCCAAAAUCACAUCCAACACCAACACACACAAAACAACCAUGACCUUUAAUAAUGCAAUAAUGUCUACAAAAAGUGUACCUGUUAACGUUGCUAAUGCUCAACAGGAAACCACGCUGCUGAACUCUACGCACACAGCACGAGCAAACAUAGCAACAAAUACAACUGAUAGCCCUCAAAUGACUCAGAAAUGUCCCACCUUAUCAAAAGCAAACAAUGCAUCAGACCCUUUUCAUAAAGCAGAAACAGCUGCACAGCAUACACCUUGUCCACCAUGUAUUUCCCCCGAUCCAGCUCAGAAACCACAAGAAAAGCUAUCCUCACAAGUUGACACUAACCCAACUGCAUUCACCACUUUCGCUAAUACACCAAACGCAACUACACCGCAUCUCAGCUUUGUUGUUCCACAGAGCACUUUGAAUAAUAACGCCACUUCAGAUCAAACUGCGCAUACCAGCACCAAACAUAAUGCUAAAUCCGUGGUUAGACAAAUUCACCUAAUUCAUCCUAACUCCUCAAAUUCUGAACCUAUACUUCAUGUUUCUACAGCAUCUCUAAACACAGCAUCUAGUGCAACUAACCCCCUAAACUCAAGAGCUAGGUUGCCUUCAGGUGCAACUCCCAGUUCCACAUCUACAGGUAACAGCACUCUAUACAAAAGCAUCACCCUCAGGAACUCCUCAGUCAGUCUGAAAAAUUCACCAUCUAAGGCUAGCUCCUCAGUAAACCAAAGUAAUGUCUGUGAAUCAAGUACAACUUUGCUUCAAUCAACAAACACAACACGAGAAGAACUUAGUUGUAAUGAGGCAUCCCACACAAAUAAACCUGGGCACACACAAGCUACAGACAUCAAAACUCAAGCCAAUAAGCAAUCUGAUGUCUGUAGCGUUUCCAAUGAGGAAAACAACUCCAGAACAGCUCCACUCGCAUUAUCUAAGCUGCUUAAUUCGUCAAAAAGUCAUAACAGAGGCGGUGAUGCGAGCAUCCACAAUCCUAAAUCAAUAUUGAAUCCCAAUACUGAAAAUUAUACUGAUAAAAACAAAUUAAAUGGUAAUCUAAUCAAUGAAUUAUUCUGGCAUGAGUCAAAAGACCAUGGAAAUUCAAAUCUAUCACAGGUCACUAACCUCCAGAAUUACAUUUCCCUAAUUAAGUCCACCAGCUCUUGUCUGCAGGGUUGCAUAAACACUGAACAACAAAGGCUUGCACUUUAUCAAGGAUACACAGAAGCAGAGCAUGAGGGACACUGUGCUACUUGCCCACCAGGUAAAACGGCCCAAGAGACAGAGUCAUAUACAGAACAAUUUGCCUUGGGUAUAUCAGCCAGGCAUGCAAAUAUGAAGCUUAAAUCCAAUGCAGAUAAAGAGACGCAUCCCAGUUACUCAGCACCCUCUGUCAUAGCACAAACGCACUGCAUUAGCUCAUCACCAGCAAACACGAGAGCACAUGUCCACCCUAUCACCCAAUCUUCUGUCCACCAAAACUCCGAUUCAGAUGUAUCAUCACUACCGCAAGUACAUGGAGGUCCAGAGCUUUCUUUCACUGCCCCAGCCCCAUACAAAAGUGAGGGAGAACUUUGUACACGCACAGGCCCUGAAUGCAAUUCCAUAUUUCCGUCAUCAACUAUGCACGUGGCAUCCCAUCCCCGCCUCCAAUCCUGCGAGGUGGAUGCAAUCGUCAGACAGGAUUCAGUGUUCAGCCCUGCUCCCCCUCAGCCUUGCCCAGAGGACUCCAGCCUGGCUCACUCCCACCCAGCUGAUGCAGCCCUGUUGCUGCCUCCUUCCCCUCAGUGGUGCAAAUCAGCAGCCCUACAGCAGCGGCUCGAGACUGUGGAGGCCAGCCUGGCAGCCAACAAGGACAGGAUCACUACUCUGCUCAACAUUAUCCAUGACCUGGAGACAUGCCACACUCCCACCAGCGGUCGGCGAUGCUUCAAAACUGGACAGGACCUCAAAAACUGCUCAACCUGCCAGAAGACUGCUUGUAUAGUCUACAGAGACACAUAUAUACCUCAGAGGCCAAUGGCGGUGGCACAGUGAAAAAAGACAUGGCUUGGAGGUGUUUUCCACUCAGUGAUCUACUUCUGAACCUGAUUCCCUUCAGACACAGGAGCUGUGGAAAGAAGUGUCUGAUGGAAAAGUGAACUGCCAGUAGCUGAGAAAGUUUGGAGAUAAGUGGAUGAACCAGUUUAAUACAAUUUCUACUGGGACACAAUCAGAAGCAAGUCUUUCAGUGACCUGGAGCCUGAGGAGGAGAGCACCAUGUUCUCCACAGCUCUCCGCUGGCUGGUCCUGGUGUCUUUUAUCAUUCUGACGAUCGGUGGAAACGUACUGGUUUGUUUGGCCGUAGGGCUCAGCCGACGGCUGUGGCGUAUUGCUAACUGCUUCGUGGUGUCGCUGGCAGUGACAGAUUUCCUGCUAGGACUGCUGGUGCUGCCCUUGUCUGCCACUUUGGAGCUGCGCAAUGGGAAAUGGCCCCUCGGAGGAACCCUGUGCAACAUCUACAUCUCACUGGAUGUCCUCUUGUGUACUUCCUCCAUCCUGACCCUGCUGGCAAUCAGUGUGGACCGAUACCUGGCCAUUUCAGCUCCCCUCAGCUACUCCAGGAGAGUUACCCCUCUGAGGGUGACACUAGCCAUGAUCGCCAUCUGGGCCUUGUCACUGGCUGUGUCCUUUGUGCCCAUCCACCUGGGCUGGAACACAGUGGAUUACAGAGUGCAGCACAUGGACUGGGGCAUGGGGGAUGAGGACAAAGAGGGGCGCUACUGCCAGUUUGAAUGGAAUAACAACUAUGUUCUUCUUUAUGCCUUUGGCUCAUUUUACCUGCCUCUGCUGCUUAUGUGUGGAAUGUAUCUUUGCAUAUUCAGAGUGGCACGAGAACAGGUGCGACGUAUUCGUGCUGCCACCCCAUCAUUUGCACGCAUAGCAUCAACAGCAGCCAUAGCCCAAGAGCACAAAGCCACAGUGACCCUGGCGGCUGUACUGGGGGCCUUCGUCAUCUGCUGGUUCCCCUACUUCACUUUCUUCACCUGUAUGGGAAUAAAGGAAAAGACAAACCCUCCUAAUACGCUUCAUUCUGUGGUCCUGUGGCUGGGCUAUUUUAAUUCAGCCCUGAACCCCAUCCUGUAUCCAGCCUUCAACAGGGAUUUCCGCAGGGCCUAUGGAGAGCUGAUUCACUGUACAGGAGCGUCACGCAGAAAACUACCGCCUACUCGUUUGUCUGUGCAUAAAAGACUGACCUUUAUUAAAGGACCAAGGGUUUCCCAGCAGUCUGAGAAACAUAUAGACAAAGUUAAAAAUGAAACUGAGGGAAACAGCCUCUAUGUUAAUGAGAGAAAUGGUAUUCCUGAUGAGCCAAGGUGAAAUGCUGUGGAUGUGCUAGACUGUAGAUUUGAAGCAAAGCAUUAGACUUGCUCCACUACUCACAGUACCAGAUUAGCUAACCAUUUACAGUAUCAGUUAGAUGUUUAGUGUAUCGUGCCAAAGGUGACACAAUUUAUGUAAAACUCGAGGCACAACAUCCUGAAUGUUAAGUAACUCUUGUUGUUAGUAUAUCGGAUAGAUGAAGCAAAACAGAAAGUCCAUGUGCUUAAAUAAUAGGUGCCCAUUAUUGUCCUGGUGACAUCAAAUUUUACUGCGAAUGAAACUCUCAGUGCUGAAACAUCUGUUUAUUAGAACAUGUAAAAAGCAUACAACAAUGUAAAUCAAAGCAAAGAGCAGACGGAGCAGAGCUGAGUGGAACGAAUAGAUGACUCAGUAAAUUUCCCAGCAAGCCGCAUGUAGGACGCAGGUGGUUAAAAGUUUGCAAACUGUUUAUUUUGUCUCCCCUCAGCCCUGCCAGUGAAAGUGAAUAAGUGUCCAGCAGGUUGAACUGAUAUGUACAAUAUGUGUAUGUUUGACUUGACCCAAACAAGAUGACCUGAACGACUUCCUGGAUGUUUCAACAGAUUGACUGCACGGGGACAAAACAUCCAUUUUAAAAAGUGUAUUUUUCCAUCAUAGCCUAACCCUCCGAGUGAACACCAGCUGCACUGAUGAAGUCACAUGAUAUAUAGUAUAGCUGCUCGUAACAAGUUUUCUAUUUCCGCUGGACAUGCACUGCAUUACAUCAAGUCAGCGAAGCCAAAUCUCUUCCCAUAACAUCGUCAUUACAACUUCAUUAUCUUUAUGUACAUGCUACCAGGAUUAUUGUCAUACAUAGACACAAACAGCUGAAACAUCUUGAAACUACAACCCACUGACACUCACUUAUAAGAGAGGAACGAUAAAAGAUGACGGUAUACAGGUAGUCAGCUCAACAAAUUGUGCUGAAAUAAAAAAGAGCAUAAACAAAAGUAACACCAACAUUCAUGCACACACACACAGAUUCAUACUCACUAGACUUAUGCUUUAAAAUAAAAUGUAGAUAAAGCGUUUUAAAAAGCUGCAGACAGUAAAAGGACUCAAUAUUGACUUCAUAUUGAAUGUAAAGCUACUUACAGUACUGAACGAGUGAAGUAAACAAAGUCUUGAUCAGGGGAGUAAACUAUGAAAAUUGUAAGGAACCACGGCUGCUUCCAGCUUCCACAGAAACGUGUCAGUGUAAAGUUGAAAGAUAACUCUGAGGUGGAAAAUUGGAAGGAAAGCACACUGAUCCACAUGGCAGGUAAAAUUUUAUUGCUUUUAAUGCAUU